AUGAGACUCGCCCACCUUCACUUCCCAGGCAUCACCUCCUUCACACGGGUCUCCAAUCUGCAACAAACUCUCACCAGUCGUCUCCUCGCGCAUAAAAAGGCAGUCCUCCCUGCCACGACACCCGUCUCCGCGGCCCCCGACCCAACGAUCAUCACCUUCACUCCGAACCCAGUGUACACGACUGGCCGACGCGAUCUACCACCCUCCAAUACCUGUCCCGCAUCUCCCUCUUCCUGCAUAAAUCAUAUCUCCCUUCCGCCAUCGCUGGAACCGAUCCGCUCCCUGUUGACCUCUCCCACCGGCUCCCCGGUAGCAGAAUACCACCCCACGCUACGCGGCGGCCAAACGACGUACCAUGGGCCAGGACAGCUGGUCGCGUAUACAGUGUUCGAUUUACGCCGACUGGGUCUAACCCCGCGGUGUCACAUCCGGUUGCUGGAGAACAGUGUCAUUGAUGUUCUGCACGGAUAUGGGGUGCAUGGUCUCGUUACUGAGGAUCCGGGGGUAUGGGUGCAGCAGAGUGAGAGUGGGGGGGUAGUACCAAAGAAAAUAACCGCUGUUGGGGUGCACCUUCGUCGGAACAUCAGCUCUUAUGGAAUUGGGUUUAAUAUUACGGAGGAGCCCAUGUGGUAUUUUCAGCAGAUUGUCCCGUGCGGGCUGGAAGGGAGGGAGGCUACGAGCUUGCAGGGACAGGGUGUCGCUGGUGUGGAAGUUCAUGAGGUUGCGAAUAGGUUUGUGGAGGCAUUCGUGAAGAGGCUGAAUGCGGAUUUUGCCUGUGGUGGUAGUGCGACGGGUGAGAAAAUCGACGAGGUGUAUAACGUUCGAGAAGAAGAACUGAAAUAUGAAUGA